UUACAAAGAAAUGGGGGUGCGGAUAGAGCAACCGAAGGGUUCGCCACUUGUUCUAUAAAUAUAGGGCAGAGCUUGCUUCUCUUCCCGUGCGGAAAAGACCCUUUCCUUCACAGAUCUUACACCGGUGCUUCUCCUUUCCUUUCUUGGUGGAGAGAUUUGCGAAAUCGAAGCGCUUGGCGGCAUGGGUAGCUCGGAUUUCUCGUGGAAAUUGGCGGAUCACCCAAAGCUUCCCAAAGGGAAGACGGUGGCCGUUGUGGUUUUGGAUGGAUGGGGUGAGGCGGACCCUGACCAGUAUAACUGCAUUCAUGUCGCCCAGACUCCCACCAUGGAUUCGCUUAAGAAGGGUGCCCCAGAGAGGUGGCGACUUGUUAGGGCUCACGGAACAGCUGUGGGCCUUCCUACUGAGGAUGACAUGGGCAAUAGUGAAGUAGGUCACAACGCACUUGGAGCAGGAAGGAUUUUUGCUCAAGGUGCUAAGCUGGUAGACCUUGCACUUGCAUCUGGAAAAAUAUUCGAAGGAGAAGGAUUUAAGUAUAUUAAAGAAUGCUUUGAUAAAGGUACCUUACAUCUCAUUGGGCUUUUAAGUGAUGGAGGUGUACACUCUCGGCUUGAUCAGUUGCAGUUGCUUCUGAAAGGGUGUAGCGAGAAUGGUGCCAAAAGAAUUCGUGUUCAUAUCCUCACUGAUGGUCGUGAUGUUUUAGAUGGCUCAAGUGUUGGAUUUGUGGAAACACUUGAGAAUGAUCUUGCUAAGCUACGAGAGAAAGGCAUUGAUGCACAAAUUGCAUCUGGUGGUGGUCGAAUGUAUGUUACCAUGGACCGCUAUGAGAAUGACUGGGGCGUCGUUAAACGUGGGUGGGAUGCACAAGUUCUUGGUGAAGCACCACACAAGUUUCGAAGUGCUGUCGAAGCUGUGAAAAAACUGAGGGAGGCUCCCAAGGCCAAUGAUCAGUACUUGCCUCCAUUUGUUAUAGUUGAUGAGAGUGGCAAGGCGGUUGGUCCAAUAGUGGAUGGCGAUGCUGUUGUAACCAUCAACUUCCGAGCAGAUCGUAUGGUUAUGAUUGCUAAAGCACUAGAAUAUGCAGACUUUGACAAAUUUGAUCGUGUUCGCUUCCCAAAGAUUCGAUAUGCUGGAAUGCUUCAGUAUGAUGGUGAACUGAAGCUCCCUAGCCGCUACCUUGUUUCUCCUCCUGAGAUAGACAGAACAUCAGGCGAAUAUUUGGUGCACAAUGGUAUCCGUACUUUUGCAUGCAGUGAGACUGUCAAAUUUGGUCAUGUCACCUUCUUCUGGAAUGGAAAUCGAUCCGGAUAUUUUAACCCAUCCAUGGAAGAAUAUGUUGAAAUUCCUAGUGACUCAGGAAUUACAUUUAAUGUUCAACCCAAGAUGAAGGCUCUGGAAAUUGCUGAGAAGGUUAGGGAUGCUAUUCUCAGUCGCAAGUUUGACCAGGUUCGUGUGAACCUACCUAAUGGAGACAUGGUAGGACAUACAGGCGAUAUAGAGGCUACUGUUGUGGGUUGCAAGGCUGCUGAUGAAGCUGUUAAGAUCAUUUUGGAUGCCAUAGAGCAAGUUGGUGGCAUUUAUGUUGUCACCGCAGACCAUGGAAAUGCUGAAGACAUGGUAAAGAGAAACAAAACCGGCCAGCCACAGCUCGACAAAGCUGGGAAGAUUCAGAUUCUCACUUCUCAUACUCUUCAGCCUGUUCCCAUUGCCAUAGGAGGCCCUGGGCUUGCAUCUGGUGUCAGAUUCCGCAAGGAUGUGCCUGAUGGUGGCCUGGCCAACAUCGCUGCCACCGUCAUGAAUCUUCAUGGGUUCGAGGCGCCGACAGACUACGAACCGACCCUCGUUGAAGUUGUUGACAACUAAUUAAUAUUUGCUGCUCAUCUUUUCUAGGCUGAAUAGGCAUAAAAGGGUUGAUCAAAUAAUCUUCUUUCGGAUACUUCAAGUUGCUCGUCCUCACGAGCAACAUGACAAUUUUGUUUCAAUCAUUUAUCGUUAUCCGUGAUCGUGGAAAAAUAAUUUCCUUAAUGCCAUGUAUCUUUGUUAUUUUUGUUA